AUGACUAACAACAUUGGACUCAUUAUUCUCGAUGGAUGGGGCAUCGGGGAUCGCUCUCAUUCGGAUGCAAUUUUCAACGCCAACACUCCAGUAAUGGAUGGAUUGAUGGAAAAGUAUCCAAGUGCAACACUGCUAACGAGUGGUGAAAAUGUAGGGCUUCCUGAUGGACAAAUGGGGAAUUCGGAAGUUGGACACUUAAACAUUGGUGCUGGACGAAUCGUUUACCAGGAAUUGACGCGCAUCAACAAGUCCAUUCGUGAAGGUGAAUUUUUCAAAAACCCUGUAUUAACGGAGGCGUUCGAAGCGGCGAAAUCAGGAAACAAACAGCUGCACUUUAUCGGUCUGGUAUCAGACGGAGGUGUACACAGUUCUCAGGAACAUCUUCAUGCUUUGUGCAAGAUGACAUCCGAUUUCGGUAUCGAAAAAGCAUUCGUUCAUGCAUUCAUGGACGGACGUGAUUGUGACCCAAAAAGUGGACUCGGAUUCAUCCAAACUCUGGAAAAGGAAAUCGAGGACUCUCCGGUAAAGAUUGCAUCUGUAAUCGGUCGUUAUUUUGCCAUGGAUCGCGACAACCGUUGGGAACGCGUGAAAAAAGCAUAUGAUUUGAUGGUGAAGGGAGAAGGACAAUCUUUCAACUCUGCCUCGGAAGCUGUGGAAACGUCGUAUUCCAACGAUAUCACUGAUGAAUUUAUCGAACCAGCAGUGAUGUAUGAAAAUGAUGCUCCGGUGGCUGUAAUUGGUGAUGAUGACAUCGUUAUCUGUUUCAAUUUCCGAACAGAUCGCCCAAGAGAGAUCUCCAUUGCUUUAACGCAACGUGAUUUCCCAGAGCAUGAUAUGAAGCCAUUGAACAUCGGAUAUUACACGAUGACCAACUACGACAAAACCUUUCAGAACAUUCGCGUAAUUUUCGAAAAGGACAAUUUAUCGAAGACACUGGGAGAAGUAUUGUCAGAUGCAGGAAAAACGCAG